GCCUCCUGGGCCCAGCAGGUGAGCCCGGCCACCCUCAGGCCAGCCGGUGUCCUUGUGUGUGGCUGUGUCUUGGGACUUUGUCAUGGAAGCUGUUCUCUGUACUCUGUGCUUGCAUGGUUCCUGGACAGCCCUGGGUGGCCCUGGGUAGAGUCAAACUUGGAUCUCUGUGUGGUUUUCCUGGGCUCAAGGGAUGGUUGGACAGCUGGACUCUCUACCUCCCUCCCACCAGAAAGAAGCAGAGAAUAGAGAGUAUGUCCUUGGCAGGUGCUGUGCCCUCCUGCUGGCUGGGGCAGGAAGGAAUGUUUCCUGACUCCUCUUCUCACUGGGCACCCAUGACCUCUUUGCUUCUGGCCUGGGACUAAUUUGGCUGUGAGCAUGGGUUAUGUGUAAGAGCAUUUUUGUAUAUUUAGUUUGUGAUUCUAUCAAAAAUUACUCAAGUCACUGAUGCUCUGUCACGUAUUUAGGCUGUGGGAAAUGUGUGGCAAGGAACACGCCCAGGUCCCAGGUUGCCACCCUCAGACCACGUUCUUGGGUGCAUCCCAGAGGGGCUCUGCCUUCUGCUUCUAACACCCACCCACCAGUGUGGUGGGUGGAUCUGGAUCUUGAAGUAGGAGUGGGUAUCACUGUGGGUGUUUGGGCGGGCUCAGGGGUGGCCAGGACUUCAGGGAGGGCAGGUUUACAGGGAGCUGGGAGGCAGUGGCCAGGCUGGCUUUGGGGAUUGGGGGUGGUGGUGGUGCACAGGGAGCAGACAGGGAGCUCACUUCCUUCCUGGGUCCCGGCUGGUGGCCUCAGGAGCCUAGAGAAGAGUUCUCCUCUCUUGCCCCACAUGCCUGUGGAGUUCUCGGUACUUCAUGAGAGCAGCUGCUCAUGUGAACUAGAGCGAGCUGGACUGCCCUGGGAGACAAGUGACUAUAGCUGGAGGGUGGGGGUAGGGAAGCCAGGUCCUCACCUAUGGGUGCUGGCCCCUGUGGGAUGGGUGGCCUCAGACUGGGGCCCCUGCCGUACACCCUACUCCACUCUGGGUCCAGCCCUGAGCUCCCCAAAUUUCUGGUCCAGACCACAGCAUAGCUGCCUAGAAAGAAAGGGGGCUCGGAAGCUGUGGCCAGCCCCCUACUCCCCACAUGCAUCUUGGCUAAGAGGAUGAAGCCCUUCUCCUGUUCCCCGCUCUGCAGUAUAGAUCACAGCUAUUCUGACCUGGGAUCCCCAAGGCUGCAGGAGAUUUCUCUACCCUUCAGUGCUGACCUGGAGGUACCCAGUGUGGGGUUAGUGGGUAGCAGUGCGGGAUGGCGUCUGACCCAGCCUUAGGAGUGAGGCAGAGGGAAAAGGAUGUUUGGCUCGAGGUUUCUGUUGGACUUGGUGCUUUGGUCACUUGCCUCUUAGUGGCUCUGGCUCCUUCAUCUCCAAGUGGGGGGACCCAGGUCCAGGGGCUAGGAGCUGGGUUGAGAGAAGGGUAUGGGGCAAGAGCUCAGGUUUCUGGGGCCACCCACCUGUGGGCACAGGUGUCACAGCAGUGCCUUGUGCUCUGGGUGGGAUGUGGAGGGCUGCAGGCCAGGGGUGAAACUCCAUGUAGCCCAGGCUGCCUGGGAGAGCUCCCAUUCUUCCCUCCCCAGCUGUGCUACCUGGAGUCUGUGGCUCAGCCUCUCUGUGCCCCACUUUCCUCCCCUAGAGGGAGAGUCCAGGCAAGUCACUCAUGGAGAGGAGGCUCAGAGAGGCCUAAGGACUCUGUAGCACCACAGACAGAGCAGCUAGACCUGGGGCCAGGAGUGUGGGGUUUGGGCCUGCUGGAUAGUGAGGCAACAGGUCUCCAAGGCUGAGGGCCCUGCUGUACCCGUGGCUCAGCAGGAGCUAGGUCUUAGAAGGUUCAGGACGUCUCCCCGCGCCCACUGUGCCACCUCAUUUGCCAGCUCCCUUCUCUCCUUGCUGUGGGAGAUUGGGGCAGUAUAGCUGCCACUGUGGAGCUGGCCUUUUGCGUGCCGUGGCCUCUGGAAGCCCCAAGGGUCCUCCAUGGCCUGUGACGGUGCAGGGCUCCUAGGGCCCUGCCUCAGAGCAAAUUCCUCCCUGGGUAAGUGCAGAGUGGCAGCCACAAGUUUGAAGUUAACUGGGAUCUCACUAGGAAUUCUGAGGUGGGGGCAAAAUGCCAACAGGGGGUGUUCCUGGCCAGUUUCCCCUGAGGCUGCUCUCCCACCUGGGACCUAAGGCACGCUGGGUUAUUGGGAAGUGUUUUCCCCAGGCCUCCUGGCUUCUGCCCACCCCAGACCCUAUAUUAGUUGCAGGGUUCCUACACAAGAGCUUCUGGGGAGGUUGUGCGGGCUGCUGCAUUCUCUGCAGGGUGCUCAAACCUUUUGUCCUGGUGCUCUGGCACUUGCUGUGCUAUCUGGCCUGGGUGGAGAGUGAUCUAGGCCCUGGGACCUGGGUCAGGGUUUCCCUUGCCUCUCUGCUGUCCUGGCCCUGCCCACCUUCCUCCUGGCCUGGCUAGGCUGGAUCUAGGGUGCCCCAGUGCCUGCCUCUCAGGGCAGGGCAGGAGGCUGUGUCACACCCAUGGGAGGACUUGGGCUUCUCAGGCUGGAGGGGGCCAGGGGAGUGUUUCGGGAGGGCACACAGAGACCUUGGGCAGCCCUGGGUCAUUGUGAGGCCCUGGCCUGUGGGCAGUUAAGGGCUCAAGCUGCUUUGGGCAGUGGGAGAGGGUCUUGCUUGGAGAGCAGGCAAACUCCUCUGCGCAGGUGCUGGGGCGGCUCCCCUGUUUCCCUGCAGUGAGUCAGAGAGGGCUGGGGCUUGGGUGUGGCAGGGAGAGUCCAGUGGGCCCUCUGGGACCUGUUCAGGGCCAAGGUGGGGAUAUGAUCCCCAUCAGCACCUCUGUUGUGGUCAGGUUGCUCAGAGUUAGAGGCCUGGCCAUGGACUCCCAUCUAAGGCUGCAGUUGGGAGUGCCCUUCCCCACCCUGGGUGCUGAGGCUUGGUGUGAGGGUCAUGGCCUUCCCUGGGAAGCUAGCCCAGCUCUGCAAGACUGUGGCUUGGGAGUGGGGGCAUCCACACUGGGGCUACUGAGAAAUGAUCCUCUCUACCUCAGUGGUGUGAUCUGAUUCUGGGUGGCAUCUACCUCAGUGGUGUGAUCUCAUUCUGGGUGGCAACUGCAGGACUCUAGAAAGCUGAGCAGGGGUGCUUGCUCUUCCCUCCCAGGCUGGCCACUCUGCCCUGCAGCCUGGGGUCGUGUUCCUUGUUCAUGGGGUGGGAAUGUGGUGUGCCAGCUCCUCCAGGGGCCCCUGCCUCCAUGCUGCUGCCCAGGACUGGCUCAUUCAAAGUACCCUGGGGCCAGUGGGCCUAGGGUGGCAGGCCCAGUGGCCAUGAGCCUGCUUCCUGCCAGGUGUGUGUCCAGGCCUGGCCUGCCAGCUCCUAUUUCUUCACUCAACCCAAGUCCUGGGUCUGGGAAAUCCUACUGUGCUGGGCAAGGGUGGGUGCCAAGAGGUGGGGCACCAGCCUGCCUGGGCUCCUGGAGACCAUGGUCCCUCCUGCCUUGCCCUCUACCCUGGCCCAGGGACCUGCCCUGCCUUGUGUCUCCUUCUGAGCCCAGCUGACUUCUGCCCUCACCUCUUUGAAUCUUCACUGUGGCCAUCAGGUCUCCUUCCCUUUUUGCAUUUCCUGAUCCUCUGCAUCCUGCCAGCGUCUUCCCUGACCCCCACUUGAGUCUACCUGAUGGGUGUGAGGGGUCCAGAUUGGCCAGUAGGAAUAGCAGAUGGGGUUCAUUAUCUUUCAGGGCUCAGAUUCACAGGGGUCACGGCCCUGAGAGUCGGGGCUGGUAAGUGGGGGUCUGCUUUGUCUCUAUGGGUCAGUGGAUGGGCUAGAAGAGUGGUGGGUACCCUGAGGGUCUAGACCCUCCUUGGGGUCUGACUACUCUAGUGUGUGCUGAGAGACUGCAAGCCAGGUUGGGCUGAUGCAGGGAGGAAGACAGACAGAGGGCCCACUUAGGGGCCCAACUCUGGGCAGGUAUGGGCGGAGCAAGAUGGAUAUGAGCACUCUCCAGCCAGGGGACUUAGGGAGAAUCUGGCAUCAGCCCCUAUGAGUGGGGUGGUGAGCAAGAGGCAGCCAUUGGGAAGCUUGGGCUCCCCUGGGUGAGUGGGAGCUAGGGUCUGAAUGCAGGGGCAGAGUGUGUGUUCCUCAGCUAUGAGGGGCAAGGUAGGGCAGUUUCAAGGAGGUAGAGCCUCAUGUGACUUCCAUGACCUGGUGGAUUGGAGUGUGGGACAGAAAAGAGCCCACAGGGUCUUGAGCAGUUGCACAUGGGGAGCUGCUACUGUGAGAUAGUGAAGCAGAUGGGGGCUAUUGGUCUAGGUGAGGUAGGGACAGUGGGAGAGGCCUGAUGGAGCAAGGGUCAGGCUAUGUCUGAGGGAGGAAGCCGGGUGCUCAGGACCAGCCCUAAAGGGGGUCCCUGUGGGCCGUCCACAGCUACUGUCCUAGGGCUGGAGGGCCAGGGGAUCUGGGGCAUGACAGAGGGUGAGGAGCGUCCCCAAGGAGAGAAUAUAUUUGGUGGUGGUACCCACAGAAUGACGUGUGUGUCUGGUGGGCAUCCUGCGAUCCAGGCCUCAAUGUGAGGUCCCUGUCCCUAGAGUGGCAAGGUCUACCUGGGCAGGGGUCUCAGGCCAUCUGCCCACAGGGUGGUGAAGGAAGAAAUCUUUGAUGACAACGCCAAGCUGCCCUGCUUCAACGGCCGAGUAGUUUCCUGGCUGGUUUUAGCUGAGGGCAGUCACUCGGACGCAGGGUCCCAGGGUGCUGACAGCCAUGCUGACCUGCCCCUGCCGGUGGAGCGGACAGGUGGCAUCGGAGACUCCCGGCCCCCCUCCUUCCACCCGAAUGUGGCCAGCAGCCGUGAUGGAAUGGACAACGAGACUGGCACAGAGUCCAUGGUUAGCCACCGGCGGGACCGAGCCCGACGUCGGAACCGAGAGGAAGCCGCUCGGACUAAUGGGCACCCGAGAGGGGACCGGCGGCGGGACUUGGGGUUGCCCCCAGACAGCGCGUCCACCGUGCUGAGCAGUGAGCUCGAAUCCAGCAGUUUUGUGGAUUCUGAUGAGGACGAUGACACCAGCAGGCUGAGUAGCUCCACCGAGCAGAGCACCUCGUCCCGGCUCAUCCGGAAGCACAAGCGUCGGCGGCGGAAGCAGCGCCUGCGGCAGACAGACAGGGCCUCCUCCUUCAGCAGCAUCACUGACUCUACCAUGUCCCUGAACAUCAUCACCGUCACACUUAACAUGGAGCGACACCACUUCCUGGGUAUCAGCAUCGUGGGCCAGAGCAACGACCGGGGUGAUGGCGGCAUCUACAUCGGAUCCAUCAUGAAAGGCGGGGCUGUGGCCGCGGACGGCCGCAUUGAGCCGGGCGACAUGCUGCUGCAGGUGAACGAUGUCAACUUUGAGAACAUGAGCAAUGAUGAUGCUGUGCGGGUGCUGCGUGAGAUCGUGUCUCAGACCGGGCCCAUCAGCCUCACGGUGGCCAAGUGCUGGGACCCAACUCCACGGAGCUACUUCACUAUUCCUAGGGCCGACCCUGUGCGGCCCAUUGACCCAGCUGCCUGGUUGUCCCAUACGGCCGCGCUGACGGGAGCCCUGCCCCGCUACGGUACGAGCCCCUGCUCCAGCGCUGUCACACGCACCAGCUCCUCUUCACUAACCAGCUCGGUGCCCGGCGCUCCACAGCUGGAGGAGGCCCCGCUGACAGUGAAGAGUGACAUGGGUGCUGUCGUCCGGGUCAUGCAGCUGCCAGAUUCGGGCCUGGAGAUUCGAGACCGCAUGUGGCUCAAGAUUACCAUCGCCAAUGCUGUCAUUGGGGCGGAUGUGGUGGAUUGGCUGUACACGCACGUGGAGGGUUUCCGGGAACGUCGGGAGGCUCGGAAAUAUGCCAGCAGCCUCCUGAGGCACGGCUUCCUACGGCACACGGUCAACAAGAUCACCUUCUCAGAGCAGUGCUACUACGUCUUCGGGGACCUGUGCAGCAAUCUCGCAGCUCUGAAUCUCAACAGCGGCUCCAGUGGAGCCUCAGACCAGGACACGCUUGCCCCGCUGCCCCACCCAGCUGCACCCUGGCCCCUAGGUCAGGGCUAUCCCUACCAGUAUCCGGGGCCCCCACCUUGCUUCCCACCUGCCUACCAGGACCCUGGCUUUAGCUAUGGCAGUGGCAGCACUGGGAGUCAGCAGAGUGAAGGAAGCAAAAGCAGUGGGUCCACCCGGAGCAGCCGUCGGGCCCCAGGGCGUGAGAAGGAGCGCCGGGUGGCUGGAGCUGGGGGCAGUGGCAGUGAAUCGGACCACACGGCACCAAGUGGGGCAGGCAGCAGUGGCUGGCGGGAACAUCCGGCCAGCCAGCUCAGCCGUGGCAGCAGCCCACGCAGUCAAGCCUCAGCCACUGCCCCAGGCCUUCCCCCUCCACAUGCCCUGAUGAAGGCCUAUGCAGUGGGGGCAGGGCCGCCGGGGGGGCCACCUGUCCGGGAGCUGGCUGCUGUGCCCCCAGAGUUGACAGGCAGCCGCCAGUCCUUCCAGAAGGCCAUGGGGAAUCCCUGUGAGUUCUUCGUGGACAUCAUGUGACUGAUGGCGAAUGCCUUCAGCCCUGCUUGUGGUGGGGGCUGGUGGCCCUGCUGCCCCUAGAAUGCAGGUGGGCCUUAGUGCAGCUAGGAUGGGCGGUGGGAGCAGGUGUGGGGGCUGAGGCCCAGACUGCUGUGGUCUAUACUCAGCAGUCCUUCUGCUCCUGGGGUCUCUGACAGUGGAACUUGCAGCAGGGAGAACCCAUCUCUGUCCUCAGCAGGUCUGACCUGGCCCCUCAGCAUGAGCCUCAGGGACCCCACCCCCUUUCGUCUUGGGGUGAUCCUCCAGGAUGAGGAAGACCCUCUUGGCCUCUAUGCUGACGCCCACCCUCAUGUAGUCCAUGGACCCUCCCUAUCUGGACCAGGCUGGGGGGCCCGAGGGGGUGGAAUUUGAGCCCCCAGCUCCUUUGGCUGCCUGGAGUGGGGAUCUAAUUUAUUUAUUUAUUGCCCAGCUGGCACACCCUGGGGAAGUGGCAGCCUAGCCCCACCCACUGGAGGCCUGCAGGUCCCUCCAUCCUGUGCCUCACGCAGACUUGGGGACACAGAUGUGCCUCAGUGUGUAGAGUACAAUUGAGCCGUGAUGGGACAGGCUGGACAGUCUGACAAUGAUGUCUUAGCCAGGGUAGGAGGGUACAGGACCUCCAGGGCUGGGGCCCUGAUAUGCACAGCUGCUGCUGGGGUGGGGGCCUGCACAAGAAGGGUCAGCUGGCCCAUCCUCACAGCCCUUCUGAUUGUCUGCCUGUGUGCCCUGCCUUCCUGGCACCUCUGGCCCCUGCGUCCACACUGUAGAUACUAUAUCAAAGUCCCAGCGUCUGGAUAGUUAACAUAGAGCGGCUUCUGUGUAAAUGCUAUUUUAAACACUAAAAAGCGUUUAAUUUUAUGGACUG